AUGAAGAUAUUGCUAACAUGGACCACAAGAAUUGGUACUCGAUCUCUAUCUCUCAGGCAAAUCUCGGAUCUCUUUUGCCCCUCUGCGGUCUUCGGUCUAGAUUUCAAGCAGCCGAUCCCUUGCUGCUUUGUCGGUCUUCUGUCAGAGAUCUUCCUGGCAGCGGUCACUUUCCGUUUCUAUGUUGCAGGCGAGUUCCGGUCAGACUUCUCGCCAGUCUUCCUUCCUCAUGCUGUCUUUGGACAUCUUAAUGGCACUUCUAAGAUUGAAGAUGAUCCAGAAUGGGAGACAGUUGACAAUAUUGUCAAACAAUGGUUAUAUGGAACUCUCACCCAACCUGUUCUCCAGUCUAUCCUCAAACCCAACGCCACAGCAGCAGUUGUAUGGAAGACCAUUGAAGACUUAUUUCAUGAGAAUAAAGAAACAAAAUCUAUGGAAUUAGAUGAUGAGCUUCGUACCAUCACCAUUGGAGAUUCUUCAGUUAUGGAGUAUUGUACUCGUAUCAAGUCCAUCUCCGACCUUCUUGCUAACAUUGGCUCCCCGGUACCCGAAAGAAACCUCGUCAUUUAUGCCAUCAAUGGCCUAUCUCUGAAAUUUGCUCACGUCGUCACCACCAUCAGACACCAGAAGCCGUUCCCCACCUUCCUUGAGAUGCGCUCCAUGCUCACACUUGAAGAACGAUCCAUGUUAAAUGAGAUAAGAAGAUAA